GGCACGGGGCAGUGCGUGCUGUUCUCCGGCGGGGAGGACGCGCGUCCCCGGAGCCGGCCCUGGGCUCCAGCCGGAACCCGUGCCUGGGUCAGGGAACGGGAGGCCUUGGCUGCCGCGGCCCCCGCUGGGAAUCCGUUACUCCCUCCGCCGGGCUCAGUUAGGCCGCCGCCUCCCGCCCACAGCUCCCGACAGUACCUUCCUCCGAGAGCGGGGACGCGGCUGCAGCCCGGCCGAGAGGCAGCUAUGGACGUUGCCAAGAAGGAAGAUGUUGUUCUUUUGGCCGAUGAAAAAUUUGACUUCGACCUGUCACUGUCGUCUUCAAGUGCAAACGAAGAGGAUGAGGUCUUCUUUGGGCCUGUGAGGCAUAAAGAACGGUGUAUCGCUGCCAGCCUGGAGUUGGGUGACCAGGUCCCCACACAGCCAGCCUCGGCCUCGGUCUGGAGCCCACUCAGCGAAGAGACGUUCGUGGAGGUGUACACAGAGGCGCAUCUGCUGGCCCUACAGAUAGAGAGCCAGAGCCGCACCCAGGUGGCCCUGGAGGCCCAGCCCCAGAACCCCUGCAGCCAGGGCGUGGAAAGUUUCGUCCAGGAAUCAAAGCUUAAAAUGAGCCUUUUUGAGAAGGAACAGGAAACCGAGAAAAGCCCCAAGUCACUGAAAAGAGAAACGUUCUACCUGUCAGAUAGCCCCUUGGCGGGGACACCACUCUCCAAAGGCCAGCCUGGCUCGCCCGAGUGCCUGCUCCCAGCCAGCCCUGCCCCCAGGGGCGUUGGCCCGGUGCAGAGGCUGCAGCCCCCAGCUCAGGCUUUGCCCAAGGACUCUCGGGUCACCGCUCCUCCGCGUCAGGCCGGGCCUCAGAAGAGGGCGCCCAGCAAGCUGCUGCCACCUCGUGCUCUGGCUGCGAGAAGCCGGCACCUUCUCCUGGGCAUGGAAAAGCCCAGGAAAGAGGCCCCGGAGAGUCCCCCCCAGGGGAGAGUCGUGAACAAGAAGCAGGCCCGUGGGGCUAGGUGCCCGGACAAACCCCGAAUGGCCCUGGACACCUCUGGCCUGCCUGGUGCUGGAGGCCUGGGAGCCCGCAGCCAGCGAUCACUCCCUGUCCCCAGCAAGCUGAGGCCGAAGAGCCUGUUAAGGGCCCCUGCGUGUGCUGGCAGCGUCACCAGACAGUCCUCCUCUUCCUCGGGGUCUACCUCUAGCUCAGCGUCCAGCGUGCACCCGUCCCCAGCGGCAGACCAAGCCAAGUCAGGCACCCAGCCUCUGCCCAGCACUGGCAAGUCGGGCAGUCCAGGACCCGGCACUCUGUGCCAGGCUCUGCCCGCAGCCCCUGCAGGGGUGUCGUGUGGACAGGCCAGAAGGAAUGAUGCUGCCACCUCGUCCAAGGCGCCCCCUACCCAGCCCCGGACCCCGGAAAGUGGAGUUCCAAGGCUGAGCACCAGCUCUGUUCUGUCAGCAUCUUCUGAACUGAACAAAACUCGAAGCCUAGGAUGGCGAGAUUCCUGUGUAAACUCCAGGACAGAGGCCGUGCCCGUCCCUGCAAAUCCAUUUAAAAUCCCCAAGUUUUCUACCGGCGGGUCCCCCAGUGGUACGACACCGAAGUUCCUUCGGGCACAGAGGCUGCAGUCGUGGGCGUCUGCUGGCAGGGCUGUGGUUCACAGCACGCCCGUGAGACAUUCUUCGGGUCCAGCUUCACAGAGCCCCGCUGGUGGCGUAAGGACCCCCUCGAGUGUGAGACGGCUGUCCGUGUUGCCUACACCUGCUAGCCGGCGCCUCUCUGGCCUCCCGCUAGUGACCCCCAGAACCGUGCCCAGGGCCCUGGCGUCCCCGCUGUGUGGCCCAGCCCGGCGGCUAUCUUCCGAGCCUCGGAGGAGAUCCACGGUGGGCACCGAGCCGGCGAGGGACAGCAACAGAGGGCCCGGGCGCUGGCAGGCGGCCCCCUCACCCACUGAGGGCUUCUCUCCUCCUCCCUCUGUGCCCCAAGCUCUCUGCUUCUCUCCAGAGAAGAGCGAUCCUCUUUUGGAAGGCCUCACUGCAGAACCAGCUCAGGACGGGGCCAAGCCUGAGGAGGACCCCCACCCCGUUGAGGUGGUGGCCAACACAGCAGUGCUGGACUGUCCUCCCCUGCUCGUGGACAUUGGGCUAGACCAGCUCACCAUCUCUCCCCCGGCUGAGAACCAACCUGCAGCCGAGCUCCUGCUCAUCGACCUUGGUGGCACUCCUGGAGUGCCCUCUGAGCCUGCAAGCAGACCCCUGAUCGACCUCACCGCCAACACCCCAGACAUGAGCAGACACGGCGGGUCUAAAGCUGUGCAGGCUGAGGGACAGCAGCUCAUCGACCUGUGCUCCCCGCUCAUCCAGCUGAGCCCCGAGGCUGACAAAGAAAACCUGGACUCGCCCCUUAUCAAGUUCUGAUGAGAGUCCUCCGGCUGCCUGCCCCACUGCGAGAAAGGAAUGGCGGGCCCUGCAGUGGCUCUGGCCUCUUAGAGAUGCGGUGCAGGAACCCGGUGUUCUAACAGGCUCUGCGUGUUUGCUGUGCCGGGGAGGGCGGCUGGGGCCACUUCUGCCGCCUUAGCUCCUCUCCUUCUAUUUCUGGGCUGGGACGCAGCACUCUGAAUGAAGAAUUUAAGAUUUCUGUAUGUAAAAUAGCCAGCACCUAAUUUUAAAGUUAAAUUUGUAUGAAAUGUUAAAUAGUCUAGAUUUAAAUUAAGUUGUAAAAUAAAAGUAUCAAAACAUA